AUGGGCCUAAACAACUUAGGAACAGCCGUUACCGUUGUCAUCGCCGUCACACUAACCGCCCUCAUGGUAGAGAUCCUCUACUUCUUGUGGCGCCGCCGCCGUAGCUACCGCCCCCGCUCCCGUGUGGAGCCGCAGGAGCAUUCCCUCCCAACCUCAUCACCACCUUCUUCAUCAUUCAUCGCCGAAAGAGAACGUGAGCUUGAGCUUGAAUUUGAACUCGAACAACAGGAAGAAGAAGAGAGAGAAGGCUUUGAUUCUGAGAGUGGAGAGUGCAGUGCCGUCAAAACGGUGUCGUUGAGUGAGGUGGUGGUGGUGGUGGACGAAGAUGGUAAUGGUGACUUGUUAGUGAAUGAAACGACACCGUUUUCAACACCUUGUGCUUCCCCUCCUUAUUUCACACCACAUUCUUCACCGUUUCAUGAUUAUUAUUAUAAUAAUAAUAAUGUUGCCAACAAUGGAUGA